AUGUCAUGGCGAGAUCCUGGGUUUCGGAAGAGCCAAAUCAAGUCCAAUUCACGAACAUUUCUUAUUUUGUGCCUAGUUAUCUUCUGUUUAAUUCAUUACGGCGAUGCGCACGGAAGACUUAUCGAACCCCCAAGUAGGGCAUCGGCUUGGCGUUAUGGAUUUCAAACGCCACCAGACUACAAUGAUCAUGAACUCUAUUGCGGUGGUUUCACUCGACAGUGGAAGCAUAAUGGAGGAAAAUGUGGGGAGUGUGGUGAUGCCUGGGAUUUGCCUGAGCCACGCCCACAUGAACAUGGAGGCCAAUGGGGACAGGGUGUUGUUGUUCGAAGCUAUUUGCCGAGCUCCGAAAUCAUAAUUCGUGUGGAGCUGACCGCAAGUCAUAUGGGGUACUUUGAGUUUAGGUUAUGCCCAAAGCCAAGUGCUAAGCAGUCUUGCCUUGAUCAAAAUGUGUUGCAUAUAAUAAGCGGUUCGCCCUCGCAGCGUAGCCCAACAGACUUGGACAGCAGAUUCUAUCCGCGUAAUGGUAGUCGCAUUUAUGAAAUCAAAGCGCAAUUGCCUGACAUGCUAUGCAAUCAAUGCGUGCUGCAGUGGCGCUAUAUAGCCGGAAAUAAUUGGGGCAUGUGUGACGAUGGAAAUGGUGCAGUUGGCUGUGGCCCUCAGGAGGAGUUUCGGUCAUGUUCGGAUAUUGCAUUAACAAAAGAUGCGCGACUGCCGAAUCGUCCUGUUCGCCCUAUACACCGCAUUACUACACCUUCCACAAUUCCUAAGAAUGAUCAAGUCGAAGUGAAUAAGAAACAGUUCACUUCGUUAAUACUCUUGAUCGGAUUUAUUUUAUUACUGCUGAUAGCUGGCUUAGUAAUUAGUAGUGUGUACAUACUCCUUAAGCCAGCUAAGCUAAUUGAAUGGAGGGAUUUAUUUCUAAGAAAAUUCUGUCAGAAGCAAAAACAAACACAUUUAGUUAACCUAUCACAGAGCAAGCCAGCUAUGUCUAUUGGGACUAUUGAAAAGUGCGAUGACAAUAGCAAUACCAGUCAAUUGCCCAGUCUGCUGAAUACAGCGCCGAUUCCACCACCUAGAACAAAACGCGAUAUGCGUAUUAAGGAAAUAUCCAUAGUAUCCUAAGAAUUGUUCCUCUCUGUCAAUUGGUAUGGGUUGAAAUGAUUGCUCCCUGAACCCAGCCCAUUAGUAUUCUU